AUGGUUGUGAUGAUGAGGGAGUGUAGUGCCAUCAUCCAGAGAGAAUUUCCAAGGAAGAGGAAGGACCCAGGGAGCUUUCACAUCCCCUGGACCAUAGGCAACCUGAUAAUUGAGAGAGCAUUUUGUGACAUUGGUGCAAGUAUAAAUCUGAUGCCUCUAUCCUUGAUGAAGAAGCUCCAAAUCCAUGAAUUGAAACACACACAAAUGGCCCUCCAAAUGGCUGAUAAAUCCAUUAAGCAAGCACUUGGAGUUGUGGAGAAUGUAUUGGUAAAUGUGGGGAAAUUUUUCCUCCCAGUUGACUUCGUCAUUCUAGACAUGGAGGAAGAUCAUAACACUCCCAUCAUUCUAGGGAGACCCUUCUUAGCUAUGGGCAUAGCAUUGAUAGAUGUUGAAAAAGGAGAAUUGAUGCUAAGAGUACACGAAGAGCAUAUAGUGUUUCAUGUCUUCAAGAGUUUGCAAGAUCCCAAUCAAUAA